AUGCCCCCGGGAGAGAGCUGCCCUAACGGCAUAAUCACGCUCUGGGGCUCUGGCUGGCUAGGCGAACCUGACUUCCCGAAAUCUCAACUAGUUGCUCGGCACGGGAACUUGCAUGAACGAGACUGGGAGUUAGGGACUCGAGAAUCGCGGCAUCACGGGGUCUCAUCAAAUACCAAGCAUUGUGGCGUCUUCAGUUGUAGCGACGGAACGAUUCCGCUGAGCAGAACUCGGCCUGCUGAUGCUGCGUACCUGCUUUGUGGAGAAAUGCUUUAUUUACGAUACAACAUUACCCAGAGUACUCUGGGUAAAUUUGCUUCAUUUCCUCAUAAAAUAUGUCUUCAGUACACCGACCUACCAUAUUCAGAUAACCUGCCUCAUCUAAACUCAUCGCAGCCUUUUCACGCGACCUCUAUGUCUUUACAACCAAAAUUAAUUUUUCAAAUGUGGCUUUGCAACGAAGAUGGAAUUGGCAGGUGCUCCGAUAAUGCCCAUGCAGAAAGCAAUCUGCAUCAGAACAAUGGUAGACUCCUGGUAAUACAGCAAGGAUACGCGAUGGAGCCACGUGCGGACCCCAAGCGCAAACCGCAUCCGCAGCAGCGUCGGCAUGAACAGGUGGUGGCGUUUGGGGCCUUGUCUUGGGCAAUGGGCCGGGAGCGUUUUGCGUUGACGCAUGUGGCUCAUGUGGAAUUCGCCGUCAUGGCAAAAUCACAUCCCAUCAUACCACUCGGCCGCGUCCCUGGUCCACGUCGGCGGUCGUCCGCUAGACCGCCGUUGGGCCUGGGAGUUUACCCUCCCAAACUGCUCCCCCAAAGCCGUCAAUUGUCCCGGCUGAUCGGUGACAAGGUUGUUCCUCCUCUUCGCUUGGCGUACUCUAGCUUCCGUCCCGUGUGGCUUUAUUCGUACGAGUACCUAUCCCCAUGUAAAAGGACUCAAGAUGCUCCGCUCAUGAUUCCCAGGCUAACCCGCUCUCGUAUGUUAGUCUACGACCUAGGGCCCUUCAUCGACCGCCAUCGCCAAACACGCGUGCCCAUCUCGCCUGUUCCGGGACUCGGGCCUGAAGCCUUCAAUUCAUCCUUCCCCACCAAACCAGAUAUUCAGACAAGGGUUCAAGUGAUUCACUCCCUCACUCAUUCACCUUUGGCCUCUGGUGUUUUCAACCUAGGCUUGUCAACGGCUUUCCACGACAGCUUCAACCUCAUCGUCACUCUCGACCGUUACGUCUCAUCUUCAAACUCACACUCUAUUCUCACUCAUAUUCACACUUAUCCACCAAUUCUUUCUCUCGUCGCACUUGUAUUCACGAACCGCCUUUGA